AUGGAUGUGAAAAAGAAGGAGAUGGACCUUCUGAGCAACAGCAUCGCUGCAUAUGCACACAUCAAAGCAAACCCAGAGAGCUUCGGCCUGUACUUUGUCCUGGGUGCGUGCUUCGGCCUGGUUCUGACCCUCUGCCUCCUCGUCAUCCGCAUCUCCUGCAAACCUCGCCGGGCCGCCUCCCCCUCCUCCUCCGCCUCCUCCACCCCUGACAAAAAACAGUUAAAGGACAUCAGCGAGGAGGACGACGAGAGCGGAGAGGACGAGGAGGAGGCGGCGGACGCAGAAGCCACGCCCAUCACUUUACCAACCACAGAAAUCCCCAACGGAAACCACACCGGUCACUCUGACACCAGUGUAAACGUUUUCACUUCGGCGGAGGAGCUGGAGAGGGCCCAGCGGCUGGAGGAGAGAGAGAGGAUCAUCCGAGAAAUAUGGAGGAACGGACAACCAGACAUCCUCGGCACCGGGACUGGAACUAUCGGCCGAGUGCAUUACUACUAG